CCCGUAGCAACAACAACAAACAUCAGCAGGGUCCUGUCGGAGGAGAAACGAUGAAGCUGUACAGAUAUUAAAAAACAUUUAACAGAAAUUACUUCCAGAAUUAAGUCACUUUAAUAAAAGGGUAACGAUGCAGGCGGAGGACGCCAGAUAUUUAAAACGACAAUAUAAGGGUCGCAGUUUAGAUGUCCACCCGACAGAAAAAGCCCUGGUUGUCCACUAUGAAGUGGAAGCAACAAUACUGGGAGAAAACGGAGACCCAAUGCUCGGAGAACGCAAGGAAUGUCAGAAAAUAAUUCGCCUGAAAAGCUUGAACUUCAACACAGACAUUGCGUCUUUAGCACGGAAGGUAGUGGAAGAAUGCAGACUCAUUUCCCCUUCUAGACUUCCUGAGGUGGAACAGUUAUUGUUCUACCUGCAGAAUCGCAAGAAACCUGCUGAAAAUAAAGAGAAAAAGCAUAUCAAACCAAGAGAUCUGAAUCCCUUUGAAGGCAUGGAGUUGGAUGAGGAGGCCAACAUUAAUAGCAUGGAUGAAUAUGUAGAGUUUCUGUAUGAGGAAAUCCCGGAGAAGAUCAGAGGAGCUACACUCAUCCUCCACUUAGCCCGUAACCCUGACAACCUGGAAGAGUUGCUGCAGAACGAGAUAGCUCUCGGAGCGCUGGCUCGAGUCCUGAGAGAAGACUGGAAGCAGAGCGUCGAUUUGGCAACCACCAUCAUCUACGUCUUCUUCUGCUUCUCAAGUUUCUCCCAGUUCCACGGCCUCAUCACACACUACAAGAUCGGAGCGCUGUGCAUGAACAUAAUUGAGCAUGAGCUGAAAAGAUAUGACCUGUGGCAGGACGAACUGCAGAAGAAGAAGGUGGCUGGGGACGAUGACCCGGACAAUCAGAACCUGAAGAAGGACUAUGAGAAAGCUCUGAAAAAGUACCACGGACUUCUGGCCAAACAGGAACAACUUUUGAGAGUGGCUAUGUACCUGCUACUAAAUCUGUCCGAGGACACCCGCACAGAGCUGAAGAUGAGGAACAAGAACAUCGUCCACCUGCUUGUGAAAACAUUGGACAGAGACUGUGAAGAACUGCUGGUGUUGGUCGUGUCCUUCCUCAAGAAACUCAGCAUCUUCUUGGAGAAUAAGAAUGACAUGGCUGAGACAGACACAGUAGAGAAGCUGGCCAAACUGGUACCCUGUGAACAUGAGGAUCUCCUGAACGUCACCCUGCGUCUCCUCCUCAAUCUCUCCUUCGACACCAUCCUCCGCAGCAAGAUGGUGCAGGUGGGCCUUCUGCCCAAACUCGCCUCACUGCUUGGAGACGAAGCGCAGAGACAGAUCGCCAUGUGCAUUCUGUACCACAUCAGCAUGGAUGACCGUUUCAAGUCCAUGUUUGCCUACACCGACUGCAUUCCACAGGUCAUGAAGAUGUUGUUUGAUUGUGGAGAGGAGAGGAUUGAUGCAGAACUCAUUUCCUUCUGCAUCAAUCUGGCUGCCAACAAGAGGAACGCCCAGAUCAUGUGUGAAGGUAACGGUCUGAAAAUGCUGAUGAAGAGAGCACUGAGGCUCAAGGACCCUCUAAUGAUGAAAAUGAUCCGAAAUAUAUCUCAGCAUGAUGGAGCGUCUAAGAAUCUGUUCAUUGACUAUGUUGGAGACCUGGCUGCUCAGAUCGGACAGAAGGAAGAGGAGGAGUUUGUGAUUGAAUGCUUGGGCACUCUUUCCAAUCUUACAAUUCCUGAUCUGGAUUGGGAACUGUUGCUCAAGGAGUAUAACCUGGUGCCUUAUCUUAAAGACCACCUCAAACCAGGCUGUGCGGAAGAUGACCUAAUCCUGGAGGUGGUCAUUAUGAUCGGCACCGUCUCCAUGGAUGACUCCUGUGCCAUAAUGUUGGCCAAAUCAGGCAUCAUUCCAGCCUUAAUAGAACUACUGAACGCCCAGCAAGAGGACGAUGAGUUCGUGUGUCAGAUUGUAUACGUCUUCUAUCAGAUGGUGUUUCACCAGGCCACUCGAGACGUGAUUAUAAAAGAAACACAGGCUCCAGCGUACCUCAUUGACCUGAUGCACGACAAGAAUGCUGAAAUCCGCAAAGUGUGUGAUAACACAUUGGACAUCAUCGCUGAAUAUGAUGUGGAGUGGGGCAAAAAGAUUCAGAGCGAGAAGUUUCGCUGGCAUAACUCUCAGUGGCUGGAGAUGGUGGAAAACAGGGAGAUGGAUGAGGCAGAACCGUUUAUGUACGGAGAUGAUGGAGAACCUUUCCUCCAAAAUGGGGACAUUCUGGAACGGCCAGACCUCUUCUACAGCGCAGAUGGAAUAAUCCCAGCAGAUGGUGCCAUUAGUCCAGAGUUCUUCACAGACUAUCAGAACGGAGACCUGUUAGGACCACAGGGGUUCCACAGCAGUUCUUUGACAGAUGCGUAUGGACAGACAGGAGUGACUUCAGCACGUCCAACCACUGCUUAUGGGUUCCGGCCAGAUGAGCAGUUUUAUUACGGUUACACUGCAUCACGGUAAAAGCAGACUAUAAUGAAGAAAAAUUACAAACUACAAUUAAAUGGAUUAUUCUCUCUGUCAUUUAGAAACAACAAUUCAGCUUUUUUUCCUCAUAAUUAGUAUUUCCUUAUACAGUAUGUGGGCAUACUUUACAUUUUCAACAAUUCUCAUUCUGAAUGUGUUAAACUGAAUGCCCUCAAUUGUUCUUCAGCCAGCUGUCUCUUUUAGCAGGUCAUGUAGUUUAGUGUAUUGCUUAUGAACACUGAAGAAACGGCGCUGUGGUUUCUCAUGGCAUUGUGUUGCUUUUGCAGACCUUUUUUAAACAUUCCUGUGCAAUAAUUGCAUGACGUUUCAGUGGCAUAGAUGAAUGUUAUAUGCAUUAUGUCGUGAGAACAACAUUUUGUAAUGUUUUGUUCAGUUUUGCUUACAUAAAGCAGUUGACCAUAAGGAUACAAUUUAUGAUAGCUACACCCUCUUGUGGACUUGAUGUGAAACAGGUAUGAAUUCAUACACAUGGUAUUUUUACUGCCCUAAUAACCGCAUUACUCACUGUUGUACAGUAGAUGUGCAAAACAACGUUGCUUGUAUUUUUACAAUGUGGCCUUUGUUACUGUAGUGAAGACGUCGCUGCUUGAUAUGGUGCACAGAUAAGUACACCUGUAUUUUGUAACGUAGCCAAACUCAAGUGUUCUUUUCAAAAGAAUUAACUAAUCUCUUUUCAUGUGUGUUUUUAUGAUGACAUUUCAUGUUCAAAUUGACAUUUCAUUGAUGUCUCAACUACUGUUUUAUAUGAAAUGCUUUUUUAUUUAUUGUGGUGCAGUAUGAAAUACAAAUUUUGAUGUGCAAACAC